UGGCAUGAAGCGCUGUGGCACACGAUGAGGAAGUUCAAUAUCGGUGAACAAAUCACGAAGACAAUCAUGAGUCUGUACGAGCAAGCAACGACCAAAGUGUUGACCGGAGAAGAAUUCAGCGAAUGGUUCAGAGCGACUGUCGGAGUACGACAAGGGUGUAUCCUGUCACCGACGUUGUUCAAUCUGUUCCUUGAACGAAUCAUGGUAGAAGCGAUCGAAGAGCUAGACGAUACUGGAGUGAGCUGUGGAGGACUGAAAGUAACCAAUCUUCGCUUCGCAGACGACAUCGACCUGAUUGGAAAGAAUGAAGAAGAACUGCAGGAUCUAACCAACAGACUGCAUGACACCUCACAAAGAUUUGGAAUGGAAAUUAGCAAGGAGAAGAGCAAGACAAUGGUCACAGGGAACGGAGAAGAUAACAUCCAACUGGAAAUAGUCAUCGGUGAUGGGAAACUUGAACAGGUCAAGAGUUUCAAGUACUUGGGAGCAACCAUCACGGAAAAUGGAAACUCGGACCAAGAAAUCAGGAAUAGAAUUGGAGCUGCAACAAGUGCUAUGGCUAGGCUGAACUCAAUGUGGGGACUACAAGGCAUUAGCCUGAAAAAUCGCAUGAAAAUCACAAAGGCAAUUGCUUGGGCGACACUCUUAUACGGAUGUGAAAGCUGGACAAUGAACAAGAAGAGCAUGGAAAAGCUGAAGGCCUUCGAGAUGAAAUUUUACCGAAGGAUGAUGAAAAUAAGCUGGCAGGAGAGGAAAACGAAUGAAUUUGUCUGGAAUAAAGUGACGGAGACGUUGGGCGGCAGGCCGGAAUCAAUUACAGAGACAGUCAAAAAGAGGAAGCUGAAGUACUUUGGACACCAGAUGAGGAAACCAACAGCGAUGACAAAGACAUUGAUCCAAGGUAAAGUUGAGGGCGCAAGGGAAAGAGGCAGACCAAGAAGGCAAUGGGAAGACGACAUCAAGGAGUGGACUGGAGAGGGAUUGCGAGAACUAUCAAGAAUGGCGAUGGAUAGGGAGAAGUGGCGGAGCUCUGUGCAUGGUUGGGCGCACCCACGGCCUACAUAGGCUUAGGCGCAGAAGAAGAAGAAG